UUUCUUUCCUACAGCAUGGGAGCAGCAUGGGUCAACUCCUCCCAUGGGGUAUGUUCUCAGUUCUCGUCUUCCUCCCCAAUUUUUAACCCUAGUGGACUGUCCGUUGCUGUGUGGAUCUGGCGAGGAGAAAUCGAGAGAUGCGGUUCGUGGAUUCAUCAGUUUCGCUUCUCGCCACUUGCGGCAGCGACACCGUCAAGCUCUUCGACGUCACGGUGGAUGCCGACAAUCCCUGCACCCUCAUCUACACGCCUUCCCCCGGAUCUCAAAUCAACUCCGUCAAGUGGAACCACACCAACCUAGUGGUUGCUAGUGCUGGUGACGAUAAAGACAUAUCACUUUGGAAUAAAAAUGGCCAAAGUAUGGGAUCCUUUCCUUCUCACGGCAGCGACCUUGCUGAUGACAUUGAGGAAUCGAAGACCCAGCUUCUCAUUUGGUGUCAUGCUAAAAAUAUUCAUUCUUGCUAUGUUGGGUAUAACAAUUCAGCAAAAUGUAUACUACGUUGGACUCCAUCUCAUUUCUCCAACUGUUGCCAGUGCCUUGGGCAAUGUCAUUCCUGCUUUUACUUUCUUAUUGGCAAUUGUACUGAGGAUGGAAAAGCUCAACUUGAAGACUGUAAGAGGGAGGGCCAAGCUUGCAGGGGCCAUCUUCUACAUCACUGGUGCCCUGAUCUUCACAUUUUGGAAAGGUCAUUUUGUUGGGGGCCUUUGUUACUUCACCUAUGAUCCAACUUCAUUUCGAAAGUCCUGAGAAAGGCGAUGCCUGGCUUAAAGGCUCUGCUCUUAUGCUAUUCGGCUAUUUUGCAUGCAGUG